AUGGCCUGGGAAUACGCGGUGGUCCCUCACGAUUCUAUUCAUGAAUUCUAUCCAGUAUGGCCUUUCCUGGGCUGGCGUGCAGCGAGCACGGGUCUCAGCAGCCUCUGGGCGACGGUCCUCCGAAAGGAUGAGGAAGGCAUCUACCCAUGUGUGAUCCGCGGAUCGGGGUUCACCGCAUCCGCCAAGUACUACUGUACCCAGCGAAUGUUUCUUGCAGUGCAGCUCGAGUCCUCACUGCUCAUCUACAAGCAUACGCAGAAUCAGCAGGUGGUAGUGGCGAAGCCCAUCCGGAAGAUCAAAGCCGAGUUUUUCGUUGAAGCAGCUACUGUUUUGAGUGUGCGGCUGACCUUGCGGUUGGAAGCAUGCAUUGAGAUUGAGAACGGCCCCAACGGUUCCAGCGAGAGUUGCUCCAUCGAAAUUCUUAUGAAUACAGAUAAGAAAGUCGAGGACUUGCGAGACCUCUCUAUCCAUCAUGCUCGGCAGCAGUUUACGGAGCGCGAAGUGGUGUCAUCCCAAGACUCGUGGUAUUUUUUGCAAUGCCUCAUGGUCGAGCAUAGGAAAGAUCGGCUAGGCUACUGGAUUGAGGCGGCAAGGCCCGCCGCCGUAGCCGAGUGA